GAGCCAAACUAGUUAUUUUCUUUCUUUUUUUUUUUUUUUUAACAUUUUUCAUUUAGAAAUUUCGUUUUGGAUCUUGAACAAUGGUAAAAAUGACAAUCACAUUUCUUCUUGCUUAUGUCCAUGAAAAGCGUAAAAGGACUUCAAAAGUGAGCUCAUCUGGAAGAAGCUCUUUUGCCUCGAAAUGGUCAAAAAUUUCUAAACAGUUAUCAAAUUCAGGUAGCUCUAAAAAAACAAGGAGAGUAUCACCCACAAACUCAAAUACCUCAGUUUUGACCACCAUCUCUAGAAGCUGUGAGCUGGUUACCGUUUCAGCAUGAAAACUGGUGGUGGAUAUUUUAUCAACUGCCAAGGAGCAAAUCGUGGCUGUUACAACUUAUCAUAUGAUUUAAUGCCACAAAAAACAUGUUCCCUUUUGAUAUUUUUGUAUAAAGGAAUGGCCAAGAUAAGUUCAAUGAAUGAAACUUGCAAUAUCAAAGUAAUCAGAAGUCACUGUAAAAAUUGGAUCUGCUUUUCAGUGAUUCACAAAUUUAAACCACUGGCACUAGAACAAGUGGCUGAGUUCUUAAAUCAUAAAAUAGAAUUCAACUUAAAUGAAGAAAAAACUGUUGAUGACCGUGCUUACAUAGACCAAGGAAAAUUGUAUUACUGUUUCAAUGAAAAACCAGAAACUGGAAUCCAUAAGUUUGAGAAAGUUUAUCCAACAAGUCCAGGGGUGGUUCCGGAAAAAUAUGAGGAUGAGGACGAGGACAAAUAUUGGUUUCCUGAAAGUGAGAUGUUCGCUACUCGAAUCAUCCCUGCACCUUCACCACUUCAUGUUCAUCGAGUAAUAGAAAAAAUGGAACCGCCCAAUGUUACUAUCAGCUUUAUGACCUGUGAACAUGCAAGAAAGCCCUUAUUGAAAAAAAAUAACAAUUUAAUUCUAACUGGUGACCAGUUGCUCUAUGAUAAACAAACGUGGGAUUUGGACUCUGGACCCUUAGCAACAAAAGUUAAGCAAUUUGCCAUCUGGAUCAGCCCAAGUAACAUGUUAUCCCGUGAAUUCAGGGAAGAAUACAUUCCUCUAGGGAUCUCCCUGAAGCGAAUGAUCAAUGUCCCUUUGAAUUUACCGAACAUCGACUUCAGUAAGCUCUCUUUGGAGUACAGCUUAAAGGAUGUCAUUAGACAAGAAGUGCUAGUUGAUAAUAUUGACUGGGAACAAGGCAUUAUUUACUUUAAUUAUUACAAGAUGCACAUCUUCAAGAAUAUCCCUCAAAUAAAUUUGAUCAGAGCCUUACAAUUUAACAAAUUAAAGAUUAAGUUGCUGGCCCCUUUGAAGAAAUCUACUGCUAGAUAUACUAUUUGCCCUCUGACAGGAAAUAUAACCGAUAAUCAACUUUUUCAUUUGCAAAUGCAAGAUGACAGGAUAUCCAAAAGGUCUGUUUUUAGGCCGAUGAAUGAACCAAGUCCGAAGAACAAAAAGGUGGUUCCUUCAAAAGUUGUGAUUGGUUGCGCCUACCUCGACCUAUCCUCUAUUUUAGGAUGCGCAUUUAGAAUGGACUGCAAUGUGCCUAUCACUGCUUGGGAGGAAACAAAAAUCCUCGAGUGCGAGGAAAUCAAAAAUCCCUUUUUAUUCCAUGACUAUGACAUGUCUAUACCAACGAUUGUUGAAACGGUCAAUGAGAGUAAAUGGAUAAGUGCAGGGACAAUGAUUAAAGUUUCCGUUAGAUAUGCCGGUCCUUCUUUAAGAGACAAGCUUGACAUCCUUCGCCAGAAGAAUGAACAUUACAAGAAGAUUAUCAUAAAGUUCAAUACAGGUCGACAAUUUGUUGCGAACAUCAUUCAGAGAAUAAUUAGUAUGAACAAAUGUGCUCUUCCAGAAGCAUCCUCGUUCAUUCCAGCUGUGCCUCAUUAUGGAAUUAAUCUGGCUGAACAAGAUCUUACUGAAGAAUACCCUUGUUUGAUAACAGGGUUUCUAAUUGACAACUUCAAUUCGAGCCUGUUGGUGCUCGAAGGGGUCGAUAAGCUCACUUUUAACAACAGCCUGCUUGAUGUCAUGGUUCUUCCGACAUCUGAAGGCCAGGUGAUAUAUAACAGCAACUUGCUCUUUAAUCAGAGAAGCUACAAAGAUUUCAUUAAAACCGGUGGUAUCUAUAUUAUUACCUUAAAGAGGCCGUUUAUUGAACUGUUGCACAAGAAGUUGCUGCGGAAAAAGGGCAACUGCCCUGUACGAGCUUUAAGGGCUUUUUACAAGAUCGAGGAGCUGUACGCCUGCCCUUCUAUGGAAUUUGCUAUUAGAAAUAAGUCCUUCCCUUCAACCCAAGAUCUCAGGUCUUUUGAAAUGGAGUUUGGGGUGCCUCAUUAUGCCAAACGAAGGCUGCCAAAAAUUAAACCAAUUUGUAGUUAAAAA